UUUUUUUUUUAUCAUUGACAAGAAUUUAUUGCUGCGGAUAGAAGUAAAUUUAUUAUUACUUUUAUUGCAGUCGAUUGUAAUGUCAAAGGAUCCCAUUAGUGUUCUUUUUGUUUGUUUGGGUAAUAUUUGCCGCUCGCCUAUGGCUGAAGCAGUUUUUGCUCAUACCGUCAAAGAACAUGAUCUUCAAGACAAAUUUCGUAAAAUAGAUUCUGCAGGAACUGCUUCUUAUCAUGUUGGAAGUAUUCCUGAUAGUCGUAGCUCUUUUACAUGUAAAUCACAUGGUGUACCUGUUAAUCAUAAAGCUAGAAAGGUUACUAAAAAGGACUUUGAAGAUUUUGAUUAUGUUCUUUGUAUGGAUGAAUAUAAUUUGAGCGAUUUAAAGGGACUUGCACCGAGUGGAUCAAAGGCUGUAAUUAAACUAUUUGGUGAAUAUGAUCCUAAAGGAGAGCGUAUCAUAGAAGACCCUUAUUAUGGUGGUAGAGAUGGUUUUGAACAUAACUUUAAACAAGUAACUAGAGCCAGUAAAGGCUUCUUAAAAUCGCUUGACUUGAUUUAAAAUAGUUAUUGUAAAUCAGAAGACAUAAAGAAGGUUAUCAUGAUACACCUUGUUUUAGUACAUGCAUAAUAAUUUCUUCACUAUUUAAGCAUAUUAUGUAAUAAUCAAUAUUUCAAAAUAAAUAUCCAAUCAGAUUUGAAUACAGUUCAAUCUAUUUUAUUUUAUUAUA